CGGACAUGAUCCAUUUGCUAAUGCAAUCCCGGGAUAAAAAAAGUGAUAAUGUACACAAAAUGUCAUUAGACGAUAUCAUUUCACAAGCCUUUACCUUUUUCUUCGCGGGUUUUGACACCGCUUCGACUCUGAUUUGUUUCGUUGCUCACGAACUGGCUGUUAAUCAAGAUAUUCAAGAUCGUUUGCGCAAGGAGGUACAGCAGCAUCUCGAAGGAAAUGGUGAUAUUUCUUACGAGACGCUAUCGAAGAUGUCUUACAUGGAUAUGGUGGUUUCCGAGGCUCUUAGAAAAUAUCCUCCAACGGUUAUCCUUGAUAGACUUUGCGCUAAGAGAUACGAACUGCCUCCAUCUCAACCAGGUUGCAAGAAUGUAGUCAUUGAACCUGACGAUAUAUUACUGUUUCCUGCUUAUGCUAUACAACGCGAUCCGAAAUAUUUUCCGAAUCCGGAUAAAUUCGAUCCCGAAAGAUUUAGCGAGGAGAACAAAGAUAAUAUAUUGACAUGCGCUUAUUUACCAUUUGGUCAUGGUCCCAGAAAGUGUAUCGGUAAUCGAUUUGCUCUUAUGGAAACUAAGAUACUGAUUGCUCAUCUCUUACAAAAGUUUACUUUGAAGACUACGGAUAAGACAAUUGAACCAAUUGUAUUUAGUAAAAACGAAUUUUCAUUGACACCUGUUAACGGAUUUUGGAUUAGCUUGGAGAAGAGAGAAACGUAAAAAUCUUGUACUUGACACGUUAUUCGACGAUAUAUGUUAUUUGUUUGAAAAAAAUGUUAGCAUUUGAAGAACUUUUAAAUAUAAUUAAAAUAUGAUGACUUUUUUCCAGUUGUAUUUGACAUUAUUGUGCAUAUGCUAGAUGGAAUGAUUAUAUUAAUUUUUUUCUAAUCAGAAAUGAUAAAAUUAAAUGUUGCAAUGAAUGUUGCAACUUGCUUGCUCUUGAAUAUACACGAUCGUACUGAUUGUUUUAAUAGCUUAUUUAAUUUUCAUAGUUAGUUAACUUUGUUUUAUCUUUUGUAGAUACACUAAAUGAAACAUAAUUACUUAACUGGUUAGUUAAUACAGUUUUAUGAUAAUAUAAUAUAUGUUUGUACCAGCAACGCCAAGUUUUUUGCAUUAAACAUCUUUUAUUAUGA